AUGGAGAAGUUUUUUGCUCUCUUGGGGAAGAGACUGCCUCUUCCGUUGGCCACGCGCGUGACAAAAUAUGUCUCGUUUGAACUCGAAGGGUUCUAUUCGGCGCUGUCGCCGCCAGCAUAUCCAGGCGCUCCCAGUGACGUGGACCUCUGGCGGAAGCCUUCUCGGGUCGGGGCUUCACCCCCCGGUCCGGGGCCGGGCGUCAGUGCGCCUCCUCUCGCUGCCGCCUCGUCUGAAGAGAGGAAUCUCCUCGAACUCGUCUCGGAGGUCCCCGGCCUGCUUGCGGGAGGAGCGAGACCGGGCGUACCGCAUGCAGGCGACCACGGGUUCGAUCCCCAGGGUUUUUAUCUCCUGUGUUGGAAGGAAAAGACCUCGACGGCGCCCAAGUUCAAGAUUCCUCUCGCCGAGGCCAGGCUGGUCAACAACAUCACGGAGCAGGGGCCGUGUGUGUACAUCAUUGCGAGCAACGGCGAGUACGAGUUUCAGUGCUCCGAGGCGCGGAUCUGCAACCUGUGGCUCGAGACCUUGCAGCAGCUGGGCUGCCGCCUCCUCAAGUUCACGGAUCUGUAUCGCCUCACGGACUUCAUUGGCGAAGGGAGCUUUGCGAAGGUUUACAUCGGCGUCCACCUCUUCACAGGCGAGAAGGUCGUUGUGAAGGCGAUCAACAAGAAGAAGGUGCUCGAGAGCAACGUGUACACGGAGAUUGAAGUCCUCCGGAAGGUUCUCCACCCGUACAUCCUGCGCCUCUACGCCGCGUACGAGCAAGAGGACUACGUCUGUCUAGUGCUGGAGUACCUUCGCGGCGGCGAGCUCUUUGAUUACCUGAGCGAAAAGGGACCCGUCACGGAGGACCAGGCGCGGCAGUGCAUGCGCCGCCUGCUUCUCGCGCUCCAGUGUCUCCAUUCCAAGGGCGUCGUCCACCGCGACCUCAAGACGGAGAACCUGAUUCUCGAGGCGCCAGACAACCCAACGACCCUGAAACUCAUAGACUUUGGCCUUGCGUCGACGCUCGGCAGCCCGUCGAUGCGCAUGCGGUGUGGGUCGCCUGGAUACGUCGCGCCAGAAAUCCUCCAAGACCUGCCGUACGGCACGAAGGUCGACGUGUUCAGUGCGGGGAUCAUCCUGUACACGCUGAUUGCCGGCUUCACGCCUUUUCGAGGGGCGAACGUGAAGGAAAUCUUGAAGAAGAACUUGCGGUGUCAACUGAACUUCACACACCAUCGAUGGGGAAACGUGACGCACUCGCUGAAAGACUUGGUCGCCUGGAUGUGCUGCCGGAACCCCGAGAAACGCUGCGCGGCAUCGCAGGCCCUCACUCACCCGUGGUUCCACAAAGUCCAAAAGCCGCUGCCGACUCCCCUCUCGCCGGCGUCCGUCUGCUCUUCUCUUUACCCGCAGCUGAGCCCGUUGUCAGGCGCGAACAGUGCGCUGGCGAGCGAACGCGCGUCUGUUUCCACUGGCCCGGAGAGCGCUGCGCACAGCCACCGGGCGAAAGAGAGUGCUUGCCACGUGGGCAGAAGAAAGAGCGGGAGGGAGGCCGCGAGCCGAGAAGGAAGCGACGUCGGCGGUUCCUCCAAGAUCGCUUCUCCUCGGGCGCCCUCGCCCGCCGCGUCUUCCUGGCGAGACCACGGCCUAUCGGCCCGUUCGGCUCAACCGCAGGAAAAGCGAUCCGAGGGCGGGAUGCUGCCUCAACUCUCGUCGCGGGGAGUCGGCGGGCAUAGCACAGCGACGCAGCAGUCCCUGUAUGAGGGCCGGGGCCCCGUCGGCUACCGGGCGUUUUCAGCUAGCCAGGCGAGGCCUGGGAAGCUACAAGGCGCCCGAGACAGACGCGAGGAACAGGCGAGGCCUUUGCCUUCGCCGCCUUCAAAACCACUGAACUGUAAGAAAGAAGCCGAAGCGGUGAACGGCAAUUUCUCCGGGGAGAGCGACGGACUCGUGACAGAGCGAAAACGGAGAGGCAGUCCCCCGUCUUCCGCGGACGCAGGAGGGACGGCUGAAGAACGCCGCAAUACGCUGUGCUCCUCCCUCGAAAAGUUGCCGUCGUCAGUGGAAAACCAGCCGACGCUCCGCGACUCCUGUCAACCGCGGCCGUCUCCGCGGCGCAUUGUGGGGGAGGCAGGCAACUUUCACACGGGCGAAGAAAGUUCGAUCCAUGGGGAAGAUGCGUCAUUCAGAGACUGCUUCGCGAAGGCCCCAGCUAUGUGCCAGGAUGUUUCUGAGCAGCCGCCCUCAACCAGCAAACGCCCUGAGCAGAUCCCACCGUUUUCUCCGCUUCAUCCUGAUUUGUCUGGCUUUUCCGCAGUUCGAGGCGAGCCGUGCCCUGGCUCCCCUUGUCGGGUCGGCUCUCGUGAAUCUUCCGUUGCUGUUUCUGUUCCUGCCGCCUCCUCUUCUGCGGCUUCACCCGCUGCUUCUGCUGGUUCUCCUGCCUCGGGAGAUGCGUCUCCACCAAGGCAGGAAGACGGGCGCCUGCGUCGGCCUGCGGUCAAGGCCAGAGACGUUUCGCCCGGGAAACAGGACACGGAGAGCCCCACGAGAGCGCAAGAUGAAACCCGCUCGACGCGAGGCUCAGCCGGCAGCCAGGCACCUGCGCGGGCCCCUGAGCAGCCCUUGUCUUGCCGCAACGGCGUCGUGCACGAGACGGCCGAAGAAGUAGAGCGCGACGGAGACGCUCGAGACAGAGGACGGGACUCAGCGUGUGCCGCCGCUGCGUCGUUUGAAUCGGGUGAAGGCGGCAGAAACGGCGACGAAGCCGACAGGAAGCCUACGCCGCCAUCGGGCGGCCCUCCGUGCUCUUCGACCACGUCCGUGUGUGCGCAGGCUUCCCCACUUGAAGAACCAGAACAGCAGGGAGACGCAGAUGCCGGAGGGACCAGGAUGUUGAAGAGGACUUCGUCCCACGCGUCGUGUGGUUCGUCAACGACUGUGGGCCUUUCUAUCGCCAUGACGCCGUUGACGCCUGCAAUGGCGCCUGGGCGAGACGGGGCGUCGCAAGUUUCCUCUCCUCUCUGGCUGAGCCGCAGCGAGGCGCCUGAAGAGACCGGAGAUCGCCACAGACAGGCAGGCGCGGAUGGCCAGUCCAGAGCGCUGCAGCGGCGGAUGGCGGAUUUGCCCAAAGAGGCAAGCGUCCCGAGAGGCGGAAGCAGCGAAGACACGGAAUUUCGAAACGGGGCAGAUGGAGCAGGGGACAGCGGGAUUUGCUCCACGGGUCUACAAACCAGCGGCGAAUGCAGAGAGACUGACGAGGCAGACGAGAGAGGCGAGCCGGCGGGAGAGAGAAGCCAGGACAAAGCGCCUGCUUCUGCUGACUCCCGGCAAGGGCGUGAAGGAAAAGACGAAGGACAAGUCGCCUUGAGUGGGUUGUUGCGCUCCACAGGGGGGAAGAACGGCGACCAGGAGGGCCGAAAUGUACAGGGCGAAGGAGAAGAGGACGUCAGAGGGGAAAGCCAGACCACGCGAGGUGCUGAAGACAGCAGCGCCAAUCAACUCGACACUGCCCUCAUAACUGGCAUGUGCCCGCCUUCAAGUUCAAAUGCACUGCAUGCUCCGUCAGCGCCGUCCCUGCAUCUCUCAGACCAGUUCCAUGCGGAAGUUUCCUGUCAGACAGACGUUCCCAGUCCACCGCCUCUGUGUGCGCCUUCCGGCGGCUCUCCUCGUGAGCUGCAUGAAGCCGGGACGGCGCCAGGGGGAGAACCCGAUUCAAGCGCUCUUGUCAGUUCCGCGCUUUCGCUCCUACCCUCGAGUUCGGCUGGCCCUCACGCCAGCGAGAUAGGUGACGCUGUUCUCCGUCUUGCUGACAAGGCCGAUUUCUUCCGCCUCUCCGCGGCCUCGAAUUCCACUGCAGAGAACUCGCCCUCGGGGCCCAGAGCCGAGGACAUCGCGGGCUUCGUGACGCCGCCAGGUGCGCGGGAGGGAGUCGUGCCUGAGCCCGGAAUGACAGGCGAAUCUGAGACCUGGCUAGCCCUGUCUCAGCAAGUCGAUCUCUUUCGGCCUCUCGCCUCUGCGGGUUCGGAGUGCCGUAUGCACGACAGCUGCGCCUUCGAGCAUCUUCCUUCGCUGCCUCCCAACACGCUUCUUCCGUCUUUCUUUCGACCUCCGCAUGCGGAGGCAAUCCUGAAUAGAAACGCCACGUCCUUCGACCAGACCUCGUUGAAUCCGCAUCUGUUUCUGCCCUAUCGAAAAGGCGAAAGCGCCGACUUGGACUUGCAGCGCUCCGCACCCGUUCGCGCAGAAGACUUGCGAGGACAAGAGGAACGGUUCUUCCAGCUACUGGAGGAACACCUCGGCGCGUUCCGACCGGGCGCCGGGAGCGUUGGAAACGGCGGCAAAGAGGGGGAAGAGCAAGACGUCUCCUCGCCGUCUCGCCCUCUCGACGACGGGCCCCUCCUGCAGUUUCUCCGAACCCCACAGGGGCCAGCGCGCCUCCACAGCCUUCUGCAGGCGCAGCGGCAAGCCGGAGCCGCGCCCGACAGACAGCCCCUUUCUUCUUCACCACUGCCUGUUUCCACAUUCAGCGUGCACAACACCUCCGUGUGUCCGUUGUCUGCCGCAGCCGCGAGCGGCGGAGACAGUGCCACACGCGAGGCUGGUGGAAGUGCGUCACCCUGCGAGAGCGCAGACGCAGGAGGAAACGACAGUGGGAGGCACGGACGCGCCUUGCCUACGGACGCUGGCCUCAACUUCCUUUGUUCGCCUUCACAGGGCGUGCCCGUGCAUGCGUCUUCGUCCCCGCCUCUCCCCCCGGUUUCGCCCCGCGACCCCAACCCGGCAAAUGCUUCGCGACCGGAGGGCUUUCAGGAACGAUGUCCUGACGCCUGUGGAACCUCGGCGAGUGCGGCAGCAGGGGCCGAUGGACGACGAAGAGAAGUUGGCAUUGGCGACGCGCCCCUGCAGCAGUCGGAGCCUGGUGCCGUGGUGCUCCGCAGUCCUCAUCAUGGAGAAGACGGGACGAAAACCUCUCAGCUGGGGGUGGCCUUUGGCCGCCUAGGCCUGAGUUGCCUGGAGAACGGCGGUGCUGACCCGCUAGACGACCGAGAUGGGCGUGAGGCAGCCGCGAGGGGGGGACUUGACGCGGGCCGGCAGUCGGCUCCGGAGGAGGGUUCCCAGCCGGGGGGAAACCGAGAGGAAGACACGUCUCUUUGCCCAGAGGAAUGGGCAGACGCCGAGGAGCUGCCUUCAGAAGCGCGCGACGAAACUGAACCGAUGUCCUCGGUUGUCGGCGACUCAUCGUUCCUGGCUGCAUGCGCGACCGGCAUCAUCAAGGACUCCCGGAAACCUAAGCGAAGUGCUCGGGGGGGCACCCCGGAUGAGGGGUCGGCGAAAACGCCGGGUGCAGGCCGCGAGGACGCGAGGCAGCGAAGCAGAGGAGACGCAUGCGGAGGGGACAGGCACAGCAAAGACACACACGCGCCGUCGACCGAGACGGGGCGCCGAAACCCGUCGGUGUGGAACAGCCCUCCGUUGCCGCCGUUGUCCCCGCAUUCGCAUGUGGACAGGACCGUUGCUGAAAGCCGCCCCGGACGUUCGUGGUUAUGGAGAAGGCCCGAGAGCGGACCUGCGAGUCCGUCCCAGUACGCGAAGAGACAGCUUUCUCCUGGCAUGGCACCUUCUUCGCCUCCUGGCGUCGGGCCUCAGACUGCCGACCAGUGUGGCGGUGGCGGUGGGGCGUUGCCUUCACCUGAUCCCGAGAGGCUUCCCAUGGCGACAGCGGAGUCAGCCUCGAGGAGGGAAGGCUCUUCAGCUGAUACUGCGCCAGGCAGGUCCAGUUCCGAAGUGUCUCCCCAGCUCAGCAGUCGCGAGUUGGUCGCGUUGUCGCUCUGCAGCGGCAGCGGCGAAGGCAGUGCUGAUCGUGAGCAACCAGGCGGCGUCCCUAGGGAGGGACCCGCUUGGGCAGCCCGUGGAGGAAGAGAAAGCGAGGAAAGACAACACGGGUUGCUUCGUGAAGGGGGGGGGAAAGGGCCCUCGAGGGCGGGGCCAGAACGGCAGAGUCGCCUCGGGGCACCGGAGGCUUACGGGAGCGACGGAGCUCCGGAAAGCGAGGAGGAAGCGGCACGAGGCCGAGGGCGAGCGAAGGGCGAGUCGGGUCUCGGCAAGGAAACCACAGAUCCGACUGAAUCGCCUGGACCCGACACACUGGACGCACAUGUGCGGACGGAGGCUCUCCAGGCGAAGCGGCACGGCGAAACGAGCGGCGAUCCCACCGACGGGCGUCAGACAGAAGGAGCCCAUAGCCCUUUGAGUGUCUCGGGCGUUGCGACCGACCACGCAAACCGGGAAGUGGAGGAGCCGCUGGAGCAUGCGGUUGUGGAAGGACAAACGCAGUUGCCGAUGGAGAGGUCCUUUUCUGGUCCGAUGGCUGGAGGAGACAGUCCCGGCGCGGUGGAUCGAUUGGAUGGGAAAAGGCUGACAAAGGACACCGGAGCGUCGCGGGCCGCGGACGUGUCGACGGAAGGCGAAGGCCAGGAGGGAAACGGUCUCGGAGGCGAAGAGAAGACGCUUUCUUCGCCGGCUCCACAGACCUUUCCGUCCCAUGCCGCGCCACGUGGGCAGACGCAAAGCCCAUCGCGGGCGCCCUUCUUGCAGUGGAACCGUCGCCAUCUUGUUGCCUCGGCGCUGUCCCCUUCGUUGGCGAAGCGCGCGACCCGGCCGACAGACGCGGUGGGGUCGGAGGUCUCUGGGGCUCCCAGUGAGCGCCCCAAGUCCUUGGGGGACCGGGGCUUUCUGAGCCAGGCGGGGCGGACACGCAGCGACAAGCGCGAGGAUUCCGGUUCGUCGAAGCAAGGGCGCGCAGAAAGUGCGUCGGCCUUCUCCUGUCUUUCAGGCGGGAAGAAACAGAGCGAGAAAAAGGAGACUCCCCGACGGUGGCGACGCGAGAGGCGCGGCGCGAGCUCUCGCUCCUCUCACAGCUCGGUCCCUCGGUCGGCGUGUUCCCACGGAUCCGAAAGGGACGACCGGGUGCAUGCAGGGCUGGACAGCAGAGGCAGUUUCUUGGACGACGACCGCAGGUGUUCCUGCUUCGCCAGCAACAGGUCGAGCGUCUCGUCGACGGGGCUGUCUCCGCGCCGCAAGCGAAGCACGGCUGCCUUCCUUUGGUCGAACCUAACGGGGGGUUCGAGCGGCGUCGGCCCCGCGGGCGACGAGGGAGACGAAGUGUGCUCUUCCAGGGCUGGGGACAGAAAGCGGUCUUACGGGUUUCGAUGGAGGUUCUCCUUCGUGUCCACGUGGUCCACAUCGCGGGUCCACGGCAGCCACUACGUGAGAAGUGACGGCUCGAGUGCGUCGCUGGCGAAGGUUCCGCCCCUCCCUUCUUCUGCCUCGUGCGCCUCUGCCGCGUCGUGCUCGACCUUCUCGGUUGCCGGCCAGGGCGAGACCGACGCAUGCGCCUCUCUGCGCCUCGCACAGGCCGGCUCGAAGGAGAGACAGAAACCUGGAUCCAGAAGGGGGAGCGAGAAGUCCCGGCGCCACAGGGGCUUCCUCGACAGCAUCAUGCGAGGGAGGAGAACAGUGGGUAAGGAAAAAAGGACCAAGCAAAGGCGAGAAGACGCGCCGCUGCCGGGGCCGGCAGACCAAGGGACCCAGGCCGGCGGCUGGGACGCAGAUGAGGUCAACGCGUUGCGUCAGCAAGAGUGCGAACGGCGCGGGGGGAGCAACCUGCAGAUGCGCGAAGAGGAGAGAGACGAGCGUGGGACGGAAGAGCCGCAGCGCUGCAGACCCGAGGAAGUGCGGAAGGGAUCGGGUUCGUCCUGUUCCGAGGGAAGAAACAGGACGGACGGUACCGUUCGAGGGGCGUCGCGACUGUCGAGUGGAAGGGAACCGAGUGGCAGUUGCGCGAGUUCGGAGCCGGCGUCAUCUCUCCACCGACGGCGGAGCAACGCCUCGGUGUCCAGCGCCUCCGAGACACUCGACGGACGGGCGUCGUGCGCCUCCCGCACAUCUCAGCACACCGGUGUGAGCUGGAAGGGUUCGCAAGUCAGCCAGUCCGGGCGCGCUCGCAGGGUGGCUGCGGACCUCGCUGCUCGGCGUGCCUCGAUCGCCACGGUGUAUUCGCAUGCAGAUAGCACUAGAUCUGCCACGAGCAAGGCCGGUUCGCGGCGUGGCCAGCGUCGCCAUUCGGCGCAUCACGCGGACGCAGCUUUAGAAACCCCGGGAUCGCCCAACCACGCAAACAGUAUCCACGGACGCCUCGGCGACUUCCUCUCGUCGUCCUCGAUUUUCGCCAAGCUGGCGUCUGCCGUGGGCGCGCGCGACUGGAUCACAGGCAAGCGGCGCGCUCACGAAGGCGAGGACUCCGUCGAGGCGCGAGGCGGAGGGGAGAAGAGGGCGAGAGAGGAUCACCGACGAGGGACGAAGGAAGGCGCGAGACGUGGGAGUGGGGGAAAACGCGACAGCUACCAGAGAGGCGGGACGCUCGGAUCCGAGGGGGCGUCUUCGCACCACAGAGGCAGCAGCGUCAGUGAGCAAACGUGCGAGGAGGAGCGAAGACGCUCGCUGGGUGGGGCGCAGCCGGGAGGAGGGCGGAAGGCGACAACCCUCUGGGAGGACUGGUACGACGGCGAGGCGUUUUUCCAAGACGCCCAGGACGCCUGGGGGCCAGAGGAGGAGAAGGCGAUCGUGGAAGAGGAAGGCAGCCGGCACGCGAAACACGGGGACGAGCCUGAGGCGGGGUGCGUCGCUCAAAGUGGGGAUGCUGCGUUGAGUCCGCAGAAAAUGAAGCUCGUAACCAUGGACUCGAAGAACUCGUUGGCGCGCAGGCAAAGCGCGGCUACAGCGACGACCGCGGAUUUCUUCUCGUCUUCGUCGUGUUCCAGCGACUUCACCUACGUCGAAGGUCUCGAGUACGCGCGACGGGAACGCGGCUCUUUGUUUCUCUGGUCUUCCGCGUUCUCGUCUUCGUUCUCUUCCGCGUAUGCCCAGGCGAACGGCGCGGCGCACGUGCAGCCGACGAUGAGCGCGGGAGGCGCACCGAGCCAGAAGCCGCUCCUCGCGUCGGGAUCGCGGGGACUUGCGCUGGCCGAGGAGACCCUUGAGCGGAAGCGAAGGGGCGAGGAAGCGGUGCGAGUCGGCCGAGGCAGACGGGUGGUCGGCAGGGUGAACAGCGCAGGCCGCGAAGUCGAGGUGCGUCGGGGGCCGGCGCCGCAGCUCGUGGAGGAGAAGCUGCACGGGACGUCGUUUCUCUCGUUUUUUGAUGACCCAGACGACCGAGAGAGGGACAGGCUCAACGGGCGCCCCAGGCAGAGAAAGCGACACACACGCAGUCCCCCCGCGCUGUCCUCGCGCCGGUCCAGCGGCGACGGAUCUGAGAGACUGCGGGCGAGCGAAGGGGCGACAGAGACACCGGAGUGGAGACACGUUCGAGGCAAAGGCAGACGCGUACGGACCCGGUGCAAGCGAUACGGCGUAGAGAGCGCAGAAGAUGGAAGGGAUGCGUUCUGA